AAACCUCACAAGACCGGGCUGAGGUGGACACUUCGCUGGAUUGGGGAGAGCUGGGAAGGAGCACCGGUACCGCUGCAGGCGACGACGAGAAUAAUUUAAAAUAAUAAUAAUAAAAUAUAAUAAAAAUGCAAAGCUUUACUCUGUUAACGCUAGUUUCGGUAGCGCUCUUGGCGUUUGCAGUCGACGCAACGGUUUACUUUAAAGAGCAAUUCCUCGACAAUGAUGGGUGGAAGAGUCGCUGGGUGAACUCAGAACAUAAGUCUGAUUAUGGAGAGUUCAAACUUACUGCUGGAAACUUCUACGGUGAUGCAGAGAAAGACAAAGGAUUGCAAACCAGCCAGGAUGCCCGUUUCUAUGCUACCUCGGCACGGUUUGAACCAUUCAGCAACGAGGGCAAAAGCCUGGUGAUCCAGUUCACUGUAAAACACGAGCAGAAAAUCGAUUGCGGAGGCGGCUAUGUCAAGGUCUUUCCCGCUGACCUCACUCAGACCAAUAUGCACGGAGACUCGCAGUACUACAUCAUGUUCGGUCCAGAUAUCUGUGGUUACAGCACAAAAAAAGUCCAUGUCAUCUUUAACUACAAAGGCAAAAACCAUCUAAUCAAGAAGGAGGUCAAGUGUAAAGACGAUGAGCUGACUCACCUCUACACGCUGAUCCUGAACCCAGACCAGACCUAUGAGGUCAAGAUAGACAACGAGAAAGUGGAGUCCGGCUCUCUGGAGGAGGAUUGGGAUUUCCUGCCUCCUAAGAAGAUUAAGGACCCGGAAGCCAAGAAGCCAGAGGACUGGGACGAUCGUGCCAAGAUCGAUGACGAGUCUGACACCAAGCCAGAGGACUGGGACAAACCUGAGAACAUUCCGGACCCUGAUGCUAAGAAGCCUUCAGACUGGGACGAGGAUAUGGAUGGUGAAUGGGAACCUCCCAUGAUCCCCAACCCAGAGUACAAGGGAGAGUGGAAACCGAAGCAGAUCGAUAACCCCAACUACAAAGGAGUCUGGGUGCACCCUGAGAUCGACAACCCCGAGUACAGCCCUGACUCUGAGAUCUACAAGUUUGACAAUAUUGGAGUUAUUGGGCUGGAUCUGUGGCAGGUCAAGUCCGGGACCAUUUUCGACAACUUCCUGAUCACCGACGAUGUGAAGGAAGCAGAGAAAUUUGGAAAAGAAACAUGGGGAGCUACAAAAGAUCCAGAGAAGAAAAUGAAAGAUGAACAAGAUGAAAAGAAACGUAAAGAGGAAGAAGAAAAGAAUAAGGACCAGGACACGGCGGCAGACGACGAUGAAGGAGAUGAUGACGAUGACGACGGAGAGGAUGACGAUGGGGAAGAGGAGACGGAGACGACGGAAGAGCCCGAGGGAGAGGAGGACGAGGGUCUGACAAAAGACGAACUUUAAAGCUAGAACUGCUUCCUCAGCGCAUUCGUUCUGGCACCAGGGAUUCAGCUAAAGGGCAUCAGGUCAAGAACGAUGCCAGUUGCAAUGUGACUCUUUGUUCUGCAUAAAAUGCAAAAAAAGAAAGCAGAGUAGCAAAUUCAGAUUUAGAAAUGAAUGUUGUGUUUUCGGGUGUUUUUCUAUUUUAUACAAGUCAUUUUUUGGGGGGGGGAGUUAGGAAGGUGUAGGAUUUGGGGUUGAAAUCUUUGCUAAAUCUUUUCUCUUUGCCUCAUGGAAAAAAAUAAUAAUUCAGACUACUUUGCUCACAAAAACCUCAAGUCGUGAAGCUAUUGCAAUUGUAAUUAUUUUGAAGUAACUGGCUUUACAACAGAGGAAGAUUUGUACCUUGUGAGAAUGUGGUGAUUCAAGAAAGAGUGAAUGUUUGCAAAUGAUUAUAUUAUUUCAUUGAUAUUAUGCACAGAAUUUCUGUCUCUAGUCAUUCUGUAAUUUAAAAAAAAUUUCUCCUUGGCACUGAUUUUGUUUCGUACCACAUCGUUUUUUUGGGCUCUAACCAAGACGCUGAAUCUGAUUCAUAUGCUUCAGCUCUAUUUAUUUAACAGAAAAGGUCUUAUGAGUAAUUUGAUCCAUGACACCAUUCUUUACACAUUGUGAAAAUACUGACCAACAUGCCCAGGACUGACUGUUUCAUAAUAGUCUUAGAAUUAAGGUCAUUAACAUGUAAAGCGAAGAUUUUCAACAAUAAAUGCAUAAGACCUUAAUGUUGUGGUAAUUCUGGGUCACUUUUGCUCAGUCGUCAGAUGUGUGUCUGUGAUGCCAAUCCUUUUAAUAAAAGAAUUUAUUAAUGA